CCCACGGGGGCGGCCCGGCUUGGCUGAGGCGGCCCCGCCCCGCGCGGCGGCAAGCGGCGGACGAGGGGCGCGCGGGCACUUCGAAGGCGGCGCCAUGGCGGAGCUGACCGAAGCCGGCGCCGAGGCCGGUCCCUCUGCCGAGCUCUGUGUGGGGACGAACCCCGAAGCGAAGCUGAACGUCCUCACCCUGCUCCGCCUGCGGGAGCAGCUGAAGCAGCAGCUGAUGGAGUGCCGAGCCGCAGCCCGCGCCAAUCAAGGAAGUUACCGUGACUGUGACGUUGAAAAAAUAUCUAUUAUGCGAUCCAUGCAAAAUUUGGAAAGAGAACUGGAGGAAAAAAAAACCUCCUUCAAGAACAAGACAUUAUUCAUGCAAAGGAUGCAGCUUGUGGAUGCCCUGCGAAACAAAAUGACACAAAAUGAUGAUGAGACAAGACUGAUUGUGGAAACUAUGGAACACACAGUAAAGCUCAGCAAGGCAAUAAUCGAAUCUCAACAACAAACACGUGAGAUUGAAGAGAAAUUGAGUGACAUUAGAAAGAAAAGACUCAUUCUAAAACAGGCUGAAGAAGACAAACUACUGCAAAUUCAUGACAUGAUGAAAAACAAAAAGGAACUGGCGAGUAGGAAAGUGGGUGAAAUAUUGGAGAGUAUACAUAAAAACCUACAAACUGAAAGAGCGAUGACUACAGUAAUUCAAAAUGUAUUCCAGAGUAUCAUCAUUGGAAGCAGAGUUAACUGGGCGGAAGAUCCAUCUUUGAAGGCAAUUGUUCUACAGCUUGAAAAAAACGUCUCUAUUUGAGUUAGGAAGAUGGCCUUUCAUAUUUACAGUGUGGAUAAUCAAUAUAUUAUAUAAUCAAUAUUUGUUGUAUCAUAAAAGCUCAGUUUUAUGAAUUUGAAAUUUUGACCUUUCUGGAAGUUCUCUCUGCAGACUCAGAAUAUGGCCAUGCAACUCAUUGAAGUGAAUUUUUAAUUCCUGGUAAACAGCAAGCCUUGCAACAAGUAGCGUAGCUGAUGAACCUAAGCGAAGGGUUACUUUAUAGCUGUUCGAUGCCAAGAACUCGUUUCCCCCUGAAAUUCAGCAAUAAGACAAGAAAAAAUAAUGAUUUUUAUAACCUAUACAUGACAAGCUUUUACGUAUAAGGUAUUACACCAAGGCUCUGCCACUGCUGUUCUGCUCCACCUUCCCCCGGUUUGUGUCUUCCUGCCCACACCACGAGACCCUGCAGUGUCCCCGUAGAAAGCUCAAACUGUAAAACUUGGUUAGGAAAGCGUUUGUCUGCGGGGUUUUUUUUUGUUUGUUUUGGUUUUUUUUUUUUAGUCAUUAAAGCGCUAUAUGUAUCAUUUUAUGCCUAGAAAAGUGUGGCUGCGCUACGCGGUGAUGAGCUACGCAGCAUGACAGGUGCCGGAAGAGGAGCGAGCGGUUGGUGCUGCGCCACGCGGGGAGCUCCCGCAGCCGCGGUGAAUCGGGGCGGGUGGUGAUACAGCACGCCAGCCGCGUUCCACGCUUUUAGACGCCAACGCUCGCGCUUUUACUAAAUUCCGCUGCGUUGGCCGAACCGCGCUGUGCGCACUGUGCUAAAUAAAAGAAAUAAUUGGG